UACCCCUCGGACGGCCCGGCCGCCGUCGUCUGCGCCUGGCACACGCGCGCGCGGCCGCUGCCCCAUUUUUCGCUUCGCUUCGCCUCUCUCUCUCUGAAACCCCCUUUUCUCUCUCAUUUUCGAUCAUAUCUUCACCUCGCACUCUCGUUCAAAUGGUCUAUGCUAUUCACGGCCUCUCUGUUCGACACCCACUCUCUCACCGCUGCUGCUGCGGAAAGACCGAUCGGCGCAUCGAGGUCGUGCCGGCCGCAGCACCGGUGCUGCCUGCGAGCCGCGCCAGAAGGAGCCGCUCGGACGCGUUCACCAUCAGCGUUCGAACGUCAGAGCAAGAGCGAUGCGAUGCUGCUGCGCCAGAGCAUGGAGGAGAGAGAGCGAGCUCGGAGGGGCGGCCGCCGCUGCGGCUGCCGCCAGCUCCAGCCCAGCAGACGGCCGCGGCCCCGCGGCCAGCUCCCCCUGACGCGCCUGUGGCUGCGCCGUGCGAGGCAACCCUCGCGGCUGGGCGCGCAUGUCGAGACUGCUCCCGUGCCUGGAUCUCAGCGAGGCACGCAAGGCGCACGGAGCACCCGCCGCCAGGGCCAAUCUGGCGCCCGCUGUUGCCUAUCUGCCCUUCUACAUUGGCUGCACCUUGCUUCUCAUCCACCAGCAUCCGCAAGCCAACUCAAGCCUUAAACACACGUCGCAACCUCGUUCGCUCUGCACGCCAGCGUCUGGAGCGUCAGCCUCGGCCACACCUGACAAGUCUGCAGGGAGAGAGCGAUAGGGCGGCACCGACGCGAAGACUCAUUCGCUAGAGGCAUGCUUCGCAGCGCCGCAGUGCGGCUGCUCGCCGCACACAGCAGUCGGCAUACCACUGCCUCUCUCUGCACACCGCGCGGGCGGCUCGCUCAGCCUCGGGCAGCACCGCAUCGAUGUCUCUCCCUCUCCUCCGCUCGCGCGCAACGAGCGACGGCCUCAGCGUCAGCGCCGCGUUCCGCAGACGACGAGCCGCCUCUGCCCAGCGCCACCGACCACGCCGUCAUUUCAGUGUUCGACCUCUUCAGCAUCGGCAUCGGCCCGAGCUCCUCGCAUACCCUUGGGCCCAUGCGCGCGGGCGCCAUCUUUGCGACGGAGCUGCUAGAUGCGGGCAUGCUGGAGAAGGUGGAGAGGGUGGUGGUGCAUCUGUAUGGCAGCUUGGCUGCGACUGGUGAGGUGAGAAC